CCACUCGGCGGCAGCAGUGACUGCGCUCUCGCGAGAUUUCCUCUUUCAGGAGGGGAGGAGGAUCGUUACUCCCGGCGGAGCGGCAGGUUUACGGUGAAAGUGCGGUGACUAUCGGCCUGACCAGCACUUGUAGCGGGGGACGGGUCGGAACAGCGACCGGACUGAAGGGACGAUGACGGCGGCUCCGUACAACUACUCCUUCAUCUUCAAGUACAUCAUCAUCGGAGACAUGGGCGUGGGGAAGUCCUGCUUGCUGCAUCAGUUCACAGAGAAGAAAUUCAUGGCCGACUGUCCUCACACCAUCGGCGUGGAGUUCGGCACCAGGAUCAUGGAGGUCCACGGCCAGAAGGUCAAGCUGCAGAUCUGGGACACGGCGGGUCAGGAGCGGUUCCGAGCCGUAACCAGGUCCUACUACAGGGGGGCCGCCGGGGCCCUGAUGGUCUAUGACAUCACCAGGAGGAGCACCUACAACCACCUGAGCAGCUGGCUGACAGACGCCAGGAACCUGACCAACCCCAACACGGUCAUCAUUCUGAUCGGGAACAAGGCCGACCUGGAGGCUCAGAGGGACGUGACGUACGAGGAGGCUAAGCAGUUCGCCGACGAGAACGGUCUGCUGUUCCUGGAGGCCAGCGCCAAGACAGGGGAGAACGUGGAGGAGGCCUUCCUGGAGGCGGCCAAGAGGAUCUACCAGAACAUCCAGGACGGCAGUCUGGAUCUGAACGCCGCCGAGUCUGGAGUCCAACACAAGCCCUCGGCGCUGCAGGGAGGCCGGCUCAACGCCGACAGCCAGACCACCAAGGAGGGCUGCAGCUGCUAGCCACAGGAACCGCGGGGGGGGGGGGCAGGACCCAGAACCAACAGAACCCCCUGGUCUGCUGAUCGGGUUGAGUCAGAGCCGGAUCCAGGAGUCAUAAUGACCAAAUUAAAGCCCCCCCACCAACGCCUGUACAGGCUCUAGGCUGGCACCCCCCCAGGACGGAGCGGACCCCCAGAUGCCCCGCCCCCAAAAUCUGGUAUAAAUGUAAAAGCCUCGAACUGAAACCGGACCUUUCAGAACCGCCUGCUGAAGGUUAGCUCAAUUAAAACACCAAAACCUGGAAACAUCAAGAACCGCCAGGCGAGAUCAGGUGGACCAGGACCACGGAGGAGGUCCAGUUCUGGCCUGCAAAAGUAAUGUAUGAAGUGGGACCACCACGGUGGCUCCUCCAACCACAGUGGCUCCUCCCACCACAGUGGCUCCUCCCACCUGUGGAACUGUUGGCAUCUAAACUCAAAAGUUGAAGGUUUUAAUCAGAAAAAAGAUCUUGGCCACACAGAAAGGGGAGGGCUCUGUAACUGGAGGCGGAGCCAUCUGUCACCUAUGGUGAGUGGUGGGUGGAGUCAUGGUGCUUUGAUCAGACUAAAGAAUGAUGUUUGUGAUGGUGGGCAGAAACGCUGCCCCCUGCUGGAGGAGGGGCUCUACUCUCCACAGAGAGCCCCGCCCACACAGCUGUCUCCACCUAUCAGGGGGCUGCACAGAUGAACCCGAGGAACCCGCCGCCGUCGCUUAAUGAAGACUCUCGCACCUGCAUCGGACCUCAGUGCAACAGCAGCACUUCACCUCAGGGGGCGCUCGGGCCUGAAGGGUCUGCAGGCUCUGAUGGUAGAUGAAUGUGCUGCAGAAGGGGGCGUGGCCUGUAGGCCUUGUCGUGUGGCGUUGACUGAGAAUUUGGUCUUGAAUAAAGCAGCUUUGCAUCAA